AUCCACAAACUCACUGCAGAACAGAGCAGAGAUUCCAAAUCUAAACUCCAAGGAGAAGAGAAGAGAAGAGGAGAGAAGAAGCAGUGGAGAAAGGUCGUCCCUCCCUCCGCCCCUCACAUCACAUGGCCUCCUCCUCCCUUUUCUUCUUCUUCUCCCCCAAAUCCCCUCUCCCACCGCGAAGCAUCCUUCUCCUCUCCCUCAGCCCCCUUCUUCCUCCUCUCCCCCGCAGCACCCUUGCUUGAACACCAACAAGACCAAGGCCAAGCAGCAGCAGCGGCGGCGGCGUCCCGAUCCGACGCGGUUUCUUUGAUCCCUUGCUGCCCGGCAGGCCCAUCGAUUCGCCGGUUUCCGAGCUUCCCAUUCGCGGUCUCCUCCCCUCUGCUCUGUUUAAUUUCUUCCCCUCCGCCCCGAUCCAAUCCCUAGCUCUAGCUCUGCCUGCUUGCUCGAUUCACCUCCGCCAGCUACCGUCCGUCCAAGACGAUUUCUCCCCGCUUUCCAUGCGCCGGAGCCGCCUGCUUCCUCGCCGGCCGCCCAGUACUAUUAUCCCCGUGGUGGAGGAUUCCCACAGCCUCCUAGCCUAGCUAGUAGCUACCCCCGACCCGACCCUGCCCUCACCAACACCCCACCCAAGCUCGGAUUUUUAUUCUUCUAUUCCCCUUUCCCCUCCCUCCCUCCCUCAAGAGUCCAGAGUAGGUUGCUUCUCGCCCGGGUCAACCCACACCUCUCCCUCCUCUCCCCUCCCCUCCCCGCCGGAUCUCGCCGCCCCCCGGGUAAAGCAGAGCAGAGCAGAUCAUGGUGGGGCAGACCAUGAUGCGCAUCGUGCGGCCCUGCUUCAAGCCCUCGCUGCCCGACGCCGCGCAGGUCGUCGCCGCCGGGGGCGGCGGAACCAGGGAGGGCCUGCUCUGGUACAGGGACGCCGGCAGGCACGCCUGCGGCGACUUCUCCAUGGCCGUCGUGCAGGCCAACCAGCUGCUCGAGGACGCCAGCCAGCUCGAGGCCGGGCCCCUCCUCGCCGCUGACGCGCCCUGCGCCACCUUCGUCGGCGUCUACGACGGCCACGGCGGGCCCGAGACCGCCCGCUUCGUCGCCGACAACCUCUUCCACCACCUCAAGAAGUUUGCGACGGAACAACAGACCGUGUCGGCCGACGUGAUACGCAGAUCCUACGCUGCCACCGAGGAGGGGUUUCUGAACCUUGUGAGGAAGCAGUGGCUCAUCAAGCCGCAGAUCGCCUCGGUCGGUACGUGCUGUCUGGUUGGCAUUAUCAACGAAGGGGUCCUUUACAUAGCAAACACCGGUGAUUCUCGUGCGGUCCUCGGGAGAGUCGAGCGGGGUGUCAAAGAUGUUAAGGCCGUUCAGCUCUCGUCCGAGCAUAAUGCGAGCUUUCAGGAGGUAAGGGAUGAGCUAAGACAGAUGCACCCGGACGACCCCCGGAUCGUGGUACUGAAGCACAAUGUUUGGCGCGUUAAAGGCAUUAUUCAGGUUUCCAGAACGAUUGGUGACGCCUACCUAAAAAGUUCGGAGUUUAACCGCGAGCCUCUUCUGGCCCGGUUCCGCAUUCCAGGACCCUUCCAUAAACCAAUUCUUUGUCCAGAACCAUCCAUAGAAGAACACAGACUGUGCGCAGAAGAUCAGUUCGUUAUAUUUGCCUCUGAUGGACUAUGGGAGCACUUGAGCAAUCAGGAAGCUGUGGAUAUAGUUCACUGUUCACCUCGGAAUGGCAUUGCGAGACGACUAGUAAAAGCAGCUCUGCGGGAGGCGGCAAAGAAGAGAGAAAUGAGAUACUCAGACUUGAAGAAGAUCGACCGCGGGGUCAGGAGGCACUUCCACGAUGAUAUUACUGUUGUGGUAUUAUUCCUGGACCCCGCGCUUAUCAGCAGGAGGCUCUACGGUGGGCCGUUGCUCUCGCUAAGGGGCGGUGGCAGCACGCCAACGUUUGCACAGAAAUGCUGACCAUCCCAUCACUGAUGCGUUCUGGAAAUAUGCUCCUAUAUAUCGUUCAUAUCUUGGGCUGGUGCUCUCCAGGCGACAUGCAGACACUGCGACGAGCGGUGCGUGGAGGAGCCGUAUUGUUUUGACUUCUAAUAUGUACAGAUAGAGAGAGAAAGAGGCGUUGUUGGAUUGCCGCGUCAUCGGUGUGAUGACAUGAGCACCCUCUGUUGGCUCGCUCGCUCGGAGAAACCUAAGCUGGCAGCUGCAAUGCGUAAUUUGCAGGUAUCAGCUGGCGUUUCUCUUUUCGCGGGGUGGAUGGACCUCAACUUGAGCAGUACUUUAAGAAACAUGGGAUUAAGACAUUGCUGGAUGCUGUUGUUACAUCUCAUGGCCUCUCCUUCAUUUUGCAGCUGUCCCCAUUGUAUAACUGUUUAAGCUUUAAGCUCUGUGAAGUGUGGAUGUUGGGGCGGAGUUGGAUUAGCAUUAGUAAAAUGUGGACUUUGUAAAGAGUGUAUGUCCAUUUUGCCAAGACAAGGACUAAAAGAAAAAUUCUACUUUUAA